AUGCCACCAGCUGCCACGCCACUCCUGCUGGCCAUCAUCGGAGCUGCAUGCCUAGUCCCAUCAGUUAUUGCCGCAACAGCAUAUGACUAUGGGUUCGACACAGGGCCUCUUAUCAGGAGACAGGUCAGCGAGAAUGGGAACAACCCACGGAAUCGCAUUGUUGCCAAGGGCGCCCGUCGUUCCAACGACAGUAAAUCGGUGCCACUGCGUCAAGAUAUCCGAGAGUUUCAGGAAGAUGGCCACAAAUGGACACUAUUCAUUCUGGGCCUGAGCCUGAUGCAGUUUGACGACCAGGAUGAGGCCAUUUCGUUCUACCAAAUCGCCGGCAUUCACGGUGUGCCGUUCGUGGAAUGGAACGGUGUUCAGGCCACGCCAGGAAACGAGCUGGCAGGCUAUUGUCUCCACGAGAACACACUGUUUCCAACUUGGCAUCGCCCAUACUUGGCUCUGUACGAGCAAAUUCUUUACAACCACAUCCAGCAAAUUGCGUCCUGGUACCAAGAUGUAUCGACUCGAGAACAAUACCAGCGCGCUGCUGUCAACUUUCGCAUUCCCUACUGGGAUUGGGCAGCCACGCCUCCAGAGGGCGAGAGCCUGCUGCCUUUGGCAGUAAGUGGAAGCCCUGUGGUAGAAGUGGCUGGCCCCAACGGAGUACAAAAUAUCUCAAACCCCCUGUACGCAUAUGAAUUCCGACCCCUCGACGCUUCUGCCUUUUACAUCGCGCCUUGGGAUCACUGGGACCGAACUCUUCGCUCACCAAGCAGCCAAGACUCAGGGGCAACGUCCAACAACACAAAGGUGGGCUUGGCCCUUGAUCAAAACCAUGCAAUGCUCCAGCAGCGCGUAUAUACCAUCUUGUCGAGCUACGAUAACUGGACCACCUUUAGCAAUGAGGCAUGGUUCCCAAAGGGAGACAGCAGGCACGACUCGAUCGAGUCAGUUCACGACGCCAUACACAGCAUCGCGGGACUUGGUGGACACAUGACCUACAUACCCUUCUCAUCGUUCGACCCAAUCUUUUGGUUGCAUCACACCAACCUCGAUCGCCUGUUUGCGCUCUGGCAGGUCGUGCACCCAGACGUGUGGAUCGAACCACAACCAGCGAGCAUGGCGUCUUACACAACCUCGGCGGGGGAUAUCAUGACUUCCAGGACUCUGCUGGCCCCUUUUUUCUCCGACGUGAACGGCACCUUCUGGACCUCGGACACAGUGAGAGACCCCGAGGUUUUCCAAUACAACUAUAAGGAGACGGCCGGGGCCAGGUUCGCUGGCCAGCCGCAGACAGAGGAUGAAACAGCGGCCCAGAUCCGGGUCAUCUCAACCAUCAAUAGACUCUAUGGGCAGUCGAGCCCCGCACGCCUGGCUUAUUCCCGAUCGUCCCUGCAUAGAUCAAUGAACUUCAAGGCCCAGACCAGCAACACUUUCAUCAAUGCAGCAGCGACUGGUGCUUUGUCGAGCUCAAUAUUGCAUCGGGGCCGCAUCUACCGCGACUGGACCAUCAAUGUACACGCCGAGAAACAGGAGCUUGGGACCACUUAUUUUAUCCAUGUCUUUAAUGGCUCCCCACCGGCCGCGGCAGAUAGUUGGAUAUCUGCUCCCAAUCUCGUAGGAACGCUUGGCAUGUUUGCCUCGCCCAACAAUAUAGGCAUGGCGACAGGGGCUGGCAUAAAUAAGACCAACCUCGUCUCUGGCACGAUCCCUUUGACUUCGCACCUGGCGGGAAAAGUAGGCGAUGACGAGCUGGUGAGUUUGGAGGUCGACCAAGUAGAGCCCUACCUGAAGCGGCUGCUGCAAUUUCGCCUAGUCCUUGCCGAUGGAACACCCGUCGAUAGACGUGCCGUUCCAAGUCUUCACAUAUCGCUUGUCAGCUCCGAGGUCCUGGCGCCCGAGACUGAAUUCGCGCUUCCAAAGUGGGGGGAGUGGGUGCAGCAUUUUGAAAUCUGUUAA